AUGACGUCUUCAAUUCGCACAGCGCCCUGGCGCACAUGCCAGUGCUUAGCUCGCCAAAGCCUCCGCGCUCCUCCCAGUGCCCGCUACAUCUCCACCACGAACUGUCUUCGAUCAGCCAAACAUGGUGCCACCAACCCUCUCCGUUCCCGCCCCGCCGGCAGCCCCAAGGGCGAAGGCGUAAAGUAUCGAAGGUCGAUUGUCUGGUCUGCAGCUGGAAUUGUUGCCAGCGCAGCGGCUAUGUAUGGAGUGAUCAAGCUGGAUCUGUUUGGCCUGGAAGAACUCGAGGCCGGAAAGAACGGCAAGUCUGCAUCGAAGCCUCACGAAGCUACAAUUGCACCUUCAGAAAGCCGCGCUAUGAAGAUGGAUGGACCUCCUGGAUUCCCGAGUGACGGUGGCCCUUCUGUGAUCCCCCUCCACGGGCAAGAUAAUGUCGACCAAAUUGCGACCGGGAACAGUUCUGUUCCUUAUUUCCCCACUACCAUUCGGUUACCGUCGAUUACUGGAACGGAGAACAAGAAACCUGGAGACAAGCUGUCUACGUCUGAUGGAGAUGAGUACCAGCUGUUGGGUCUUGGUAUUCGCACUGUCUCGUUCCUGUCGAUUCAGGUGUAUGUUGUUGGAAUGUAUGUUGCCAAGAAGGAUAUCACGGAGCUGCAGCAACGUCUCGUGAACACAGCGAUCCACCCCCCUGUCUCAGACGAAGCUGCUGCUAUCUCCGGGGUAGGCGCUGAAGCUGCCACAUCAUUGGUACCUCCGGAGCGCCAGCAGCUUAGAGAUCUGCUUAUGGAUCCCGAGCACGGCGAUGCUGCCUGGACAGCUCUGAUCAAGGAAAAUGGCAUCCGGACAGCCUUCCGAAUUGUGCCCACGCGCAACACCGACUUUUUGCACCUUCGUGAUGCAUGGGUCCGUGGUAUCACCGCCCGCGCACAGCAAUUAAAAGCUUCUGGGUCGGAAUCACAGGAUAUGGCCUUUGGCUCUGCAAUCAAUGAAUUCAAGGCUAUAGUCGGUGGUGGCCAGGCUAAGAAUAUUCCCAAGGGCCAGACGGUUGUUCUUCUUCGCGAUGCUCAUGGUGCCCUUGAUGCCCUCUUCCAGCCAGAUCCUAAGGCGACCCACUGGAUGGGCCGUGUGUCCGAUGAGCGGAUCAGCCGAUUCGUGUGGCUCAACUACCUUGCUGGAAAGAAGGUUUCUAGCGAGGGCGCGAGGAAGAGUAUUGUCGAUGGACUCAUGACUGUUGUCGAGCGGCCUGUUGGAACCGUCGCGCAGAGAGUCGUGUAA